ACAGAAACACAGUCAGGAUGGUGAAGCUGCUGUUUCUCUCUGCUGUUCUUCUCUCCUCAGCUCUCCUCACACUGUGUGACCCGCUAUAUGUGCUGUCGGCUCCUAAUCUGCUGAGAGUGGGUUCAUCAGAGAACGUGUUUGUGGAGGCGCAGGAUUACUCUAAAAAUGCUUUUGAAGUGAAAAUCACAGUAAAAAACCACCCGAAGAAAGACAAGCAGAUCCUGACCAAAUCAGUGAAUCUGAAUGCACAAAACAAUUUCCAGAUCCUCACAGAUAUAAAGAUCCCUGAUGAUCAGAACUUGUUCUCCGAUGAUCCUCUGGAGAAGCAGUAUGUGUAUCUGCAAGCUAUUUUCCCGGAUCACACUCUGGAGAAAGUGGUCUUGCUGUCGUUCCAGUCUGGAUAUAUAUUUGUACAGACUGACAAGCCCAUCUACACGCCUUCUAGCACAGUUCAGUACAGGACUUUGUCUCUGACGCCCAACUUGAAACCACUCAGUCAGACUGGAAUCACUGUGGAAAUCAUGAAUCCACAAAACAUCACAGUUUCAUCAGACAAGGUAUAUCCAGUGAAAGGAAUGAAGUCUGGAAAGUAUGCCAUCCCUGAGGUUGCCAGUCUGGGCAUCUGGAAGGUCGUCACACGAUUCGCAAACACUCCCCAGAAGACGUUUACUGCAGAGUUUGAGGUCAAAGAAUACGUGCUUCCAACAUUUGAGGUGAAAUUACAACCCAGUAAAUUAUUCUACUAUGUGGGCGAUGAAAGUCUGACAGUCGACAUCGAAGCCAAGUACCUGUUUGGAAAGCAGGUGGAAGGAAAUGCGUUUGUGAUGUUUGGUGUGAUGGACGGGGAGACGAAAACAGGCAUUACUGGCUCUCUGCAAAAAAUUCAGAUUUUGAAAGGAGUAGGAACUGCAGAACUGACCAAGCAAAUGAUCGAGACCUAUAAAAGUAUUGACAAGCUGGUUGGACAAUCAAUCUAUGUUUCAGUCAGUCUUUUAACCGAAAGUGGCAGUGAAAUGGUGGAAGCAGAAAGGAGAGGAAUUCGUAUUGUGACGUCUCCAUACACUAUCAACUUCAAGAAAACAGCUCAAUUCUUCAAACCUGGAAUGCCCUUCGAUGUCUCGAUCUACGUAACGAAUCCUGAUGAGACGCCUGCUCAAAAUGUGAUAGUGGAGGUCAAUCCUGGAGGAGUCAGAGGUCAAACAAAAGCCAAUGGCAUUGCUAAAGUGACGGUCAACACUCAAGGAAACGUUUUAACACAAGAGAUCACUGCACAAACCAAAGAUCCAGACAUAACAGACGAAGAGCAAGCAGUGAAGAAGAUGACGGCUCAUGCUUACGUUCCCAAAGGUGGCUCCAAAAACUACCUGCACAUCGGCAUUGAUGCUGCGGAGCUUGAGAUCGGUGAUCAAAUGAAAGUCAAUCUGAACACUGGGCAAAGUCCAGGAGUCAAAGAUCAAGAUUACACAUUUAUGAUCUUGAGUAAAGGUCAGAUUGUAAAAAUAGACAGGUUCAAGAGACAAGGACAAGCUCUUAUCACUCUGUCCCAACCUGUGACUAAAGAAAUGGUGCCGUCCUUCCGCUUUGUGGCUUAUUACCAUGUGGGAGCCAAUGAGGUGGUGUCUGAUUCAGUCUGGGUCGAUGUGAAGGACACGUGCAUGGGAAAGCUCAAGCUUCAGGUGAAGAACAAGCAGAAUAACUAUAACACGGGAGAGGAGGUCAAGCUGCAAAUAAGCGGAGAUCCUGGAGCCAGAGUUGGUCUGGUGGUGGUUGACAAGGCUGUGCACGUCCUUAACAAGAACAGACUCACUCAGACAAAGAUCUGGGAUGUCAUUGAGAAGCAUGACACCGGUUGUACAGCAGGAGGUGGAAGAGAUGUUAUGGGGGUUUUCAGCGAUGCAGGGCUGAUGUUUGAGUCGAACACUGCAGGAGGAACCGACACCAGAUUAAACCCCGAGUGUCCUGACCCUCCAAAGAGAAGAAGAAGAAGAAGAGAAUCUGAGAAUCUUCGCACAAUCACGGCAACACUGGCUGGUCAGUACGCUGAUGGACAGAGACAGUGCUGCAUUGAUGGGAUGAAGGAUAAUAAGCUGGGCUACACAUGUGAACGCAGAGCCACGUAUAUUGGAGAUGGACCAGAGUGUGUCAAGGCCUUCCUGCACUGCUGCGAUGAGAUGAAAAAGCGCAAAAACAUAAAGACCGAAGAGGAGGAGAUGAUUCUGGCUCGCAGUGAUGAUGAUGACGACUAUUAUACAGACUCUGAAGAGAUCGUGUCACGUACACAGUUCCCAGAAAGCUGGCUGUGGGAGGAGAUUGAUCUGUGCGAUAACUGUCCAGCCUCAGCCAUGGAGAAAGCCAUGUACCUGAAAGACUCUAUAACCACCUGGCAAGUCUUGGCUGUCAGUAUGUCACCAACACUGGGCAUCUGUGUGGCAGAACCUGAGGAGAUCGUUGUUUUUAAGAGUCUUUUCAUUGACCUCAAGAUGCCUUACUCGGCUGUACGAGGCGAACAACUGGAAAUCAAGGCCAUUAUUCACAACUACACUCCAGACAAGCGAAAGGUGCGUGUGGAGUUCAUGGAGUCAGCGGAUGUUUGCAGUCUUGCCAGUAAGAAAGGAAAAUACAGAACAACAGUCACUAUCCCAAAAGAAUCCAGUUUAUCGGUUCCAUAUGUGAUCAUUCCUAUGACACUGGGCAAUCACAUGAUUGAGGUGAAAGCUGCGGCGUAUGAUGCUGUGUACACUGAUGGAGUGAGAAAGGGCCUGAAGGUGGUGUCUGAGGGUGUGCUGUUUCCACUGCAGAGGCCAAAUGUAGAGCUCAAUCCUGUUAAAAACGGGGAUAGUCCUAUAAUUGUUAGAGCUGAUAUCCCAGCUGACCGGGUUCCAGGCACUCCUGCUCACACACACAUUUCGAUUACUGGUGAAGAGAUCAGCCAGACUGUGGAGCAGGCCAUCAGUGGAAGCUUCAUGGGUCAACUUAUUGUCCAGCCUCACGGAUGUGGAGAGCAGAACAUGAUCUUCAUGACUUUACCAGUCAUCGCCACUCAUUAUCUGGACAGCACCAAUCAGUGGGAGGCAAUAGGCAUGAAGCGCCGUGAUGAAGCCAUUGGCCACAUUAAAACAGGUUAUAACCGGCAGCAGGCCUACCGCAAACCAGAUGGAUCCUACGCCGCCUGGAUAGACAGACCGAGCAGUACAUGGCUGACGGCAUAUGUAGCCAAAAUCUUCGCCAUGGCCAAUGACCUUAUCACUAUAGAGGAACAAGUGCUCUGCAGCGCCCUCAAGUGGCUGGUUCUCAACAGACAACUGCCCGAUGGCUCUUUUGAGGAGAAAGCAGCUGUUGUGCAUGGAGAGAUGGUGGGCGAUGUACAGGGGAGAGAUGCAGAAGCCUCUCUGACAGCCUUUGUCACGAUUGCUAUGCAAGAAGGGAGAGAGCUCUGUGGUGCAAUAGUUGGCAGUCUGCCUGAAAGCAUAAGGAAGGCUGUUUCUUUCUUGGAGGGCAAACUUAAUAAAUUGACUAAUCCUUAUGCUGUUGCGUUGACGUCCUACGCCAUGGCCGGUGCAGACAAACUCAAUAAAGCCGUCUUGAUGAAAUUUUCCACCAAAGGAGAAGCCGGUACAUACUGGAAUGUCCCCGGACAGCAGUAUCACACACGGGAGGCCACAUCCUAUGCUGUGCUGGCGCUCGUGAAGGCCAGAGACUUCAAUGCAGCCGGAGAGGCCGUACACUGGCUGGGCAGUCAGCAUUAUUCCUAUGGAGGAUCUGGCACCACACAGGCAACCAUCAUGGUGUUCCAGGCCGUGGCGGAGUACCGUACACAGGUGAAGGACAGCCAAAACUUCAACCUGGAAGUUGAGCUGGCUGUAGAAGGAAGAAGCAAACCUAGCAGAUAUACUAUCAAAAGAGAUAAUCGGCAUGUUUCACGAUCAGACAAGGUGGACAUAAACAAGGACUUUAACGUGACUGCGAAAGGAACUGGAAAAGCCACCCUCUCCGUCUUGACGCUGUACUACGCCAGACCCGUUGAGAAGAAAUCUGACUGCACACUGUUUGAUCUGAGUGUUAAAAUAGAUAAAGACCCUGAAACAAAACAUGCAGACGCCAUUGAAACAUUCAAGCUCACCAUGGACUUCUUCUACAAGAACCCUAAAUCUCCUGCCACCAUGACUAUUCUGGACAUUGGCAUACCGACAGGAUUUACUGUGGAAUACAACGAUCUUGAGGAGUUGACCCGGGGGAAGGAGAAAUACCUUGAGAAGUUUGAGAUGGACAAAGCUCUUUCAGAUCGAGGAUCCCUCAUCUUAUACUUAAAAAUGGUUUCUAAUAAAGAAUCAGAACGAAUUGCCUUCAGAAUGCACAAGAUGCUCAAUGUUGGGCUGCUUCAACCUGCUGCAGUCACCAUAUAUGAGUAUUACUCACCCAAUGCACGCUGCACAAAGUACUUCCACCCUGAAAGAGAAGGAGUAAUAUACAGACUGUGUAAAGGAGACAUGUGCCAGUGUGCUGAAGAAAACUGCAGUUUACAGAAGAAAGGGGGUUUCAAAGAUGAGGAACGGAAUAUAAAGGCCUGUGAAUCUGGCAUGGAUUACGUUUACAAAGUGAAAGUCAAGGACAUGGAGCUGGCAGCGGACGCUGACAUCUACCAAAUGGAAGUGGAGCAGGUGCUGAAAGAAGGAACUGAUCAAGUUAUUGAGGGACAAGUGAAAUCAUUUUUGGGUCGUCCAAGUUGCAAAGAGUCUCUAGGAUUUGUUCAAGGAAAAUCUUAUCUGAUCAUGGGCAAAUCUACAGAUCUGCCAAAACUUGGAGGAAGUCUGCAGUAUAUCUUGGGAGAGCAGACCUGGAUUGAAUACUGGCCAACAAGUCAAGAAAGUAAAUCUGCAGAGCACAGAGACCGGUACAUCGGCAUCACUGAACUCGAGAACAUGCUCACCAAAGAAGGAUGUGCAACAUAAUUGUCUACUGAUUACAGAGAGUAUUUUCACUUUCAAACUUUUGUUAAAUCUCAAUAUUGUUUUUUUCAAAAAUACUUUGUAAUUUGUAUAAACUGACUGAAUAAAAAUGGUAAAUGUUA